UUCUGCUUCUCCUGCAUCGGUGACUCUCCCCGACGCUUCCUCCUCGCAGAUCACCGACACAACCUUUAGCCGCAGAGCUUCUCAAAAAGCGCUUUGUGGCGCUGCUUCUCGAAAAGCGCUUUUUGACCGCGCGGCGUCCGCUCUUCUUCCUCUUCGAGCUUCUCUUGCUCCUCCUCCCCCUCGUCCGUCAAUGGCGCUGAAGAAAGGGCAACGCACGUCCUCCGACGACCCCGAGGAGCUCGCGCGCACCCCUCUCCAAGCCCUCCUCCUCGCCGAUAGCUUCGCCCAAAAGUUCCGCCCCAUCACCCUCGAGCGCCCUAAGGUGCUUCUCCCGCUUGUGAAUGCUCCGAUGAUCAACUACACGCUCGCGUGGCUCGAAUCCGUGGGCGUCGAGGAGGUCUUCGUUUUCUGCUGCGCCCACGCGCAGCAGGUGAAGGACUACCUCGACGGGUCCGAUUGGGUGAAGCACCCCUCCGCGUUCUCCGUCACCACCAUCGAGUCUCACGAUUCCAUCAGUGCUGGCGACGCUCUCCGCUUCGUCUACAAUCACGGCGUUAUACGUGGAGAUUUCAUUCUCAUAACUGGCGAUACAAUCAGCAACAUGAGCCUGACACAAGCACUUCAGGAGCACAAGGAGAGAAGGAAGAAAGAUCCACAUGCAAUUAUGACUAUGGUUAUCAAACGUUCUAAACCGUUGCCCCAAUUACACCAAACUCGACUUGGCACUGAUGAGAUUCUGAUGGGUAUUGAUCCUGAGACGAAAGAGCUCCUAUACUAUGAAGAUAAGGCUGAUCGCUCACGGCGGCUAAUUACUCUCGAUAAGAGCUUACUCGCUGAUAAUCCUUCUCUGAUUUUGCACAAUGAUAAGGAGGAUUGCUACAUUGAUAUAUGCUCUCCAGAUGUUCUUAGCAUUUUUACUGAUAAUUUUGAUUAUCAACAUCUUCGCCGUCAUUUUGUGAAGGGUUUACUAGUUGACGAUGUUUCGGGCUACAAAAUCUUUACUCAUGAGAUUCAAUCAAGUUAUGCAGCGAGAAUAGAUAAUUUCAGGAGUUAUGACACAAUAAGUAAAGACAUAAUCCAAAGGUGGACUUAUCCUUUGGUGCCAGAUAUACUCUAUUUUGGAAGUCGUACACCAAUGAAGUUACAAAGGCAAGGAAUUUUGAAAGCACCUGAUGUUAUUCUAUCACAUUCUGCGAGAAUUGGUCCUUAUUCGUCGGUCGGGAGUGGAACGAGUAUCGGCGACAACAGUGUUAUAAUGAAUUCAGUUAUCGGGGACUGCUGCACUAUUGGUCGAAAUGUUUCAAUUCAUGGUUCCUACAUAUGGGAUAAUGUCGUCAUUGAAGAUGGAUGUAAGUUAAGCCAUGCAUUAGUCUGUGACGGUGUCCAUUUAAGGUCUGGAGUAGUUCUGGAACCUGGCGUCAUAUUGUCAUUUAAGGUUGAAGUUGGGCAAAAUAUUGUUGUUCCUGCUUAUUCGAAAGUUUCACUACUUCCCCAGCCAUCCACCCAAGACAGUGAUGAGGAACUUGAGUAUGCUGAUGCCAGUAGUGGAGUUGUAGAGAGUCCAUCAAUUACCAGUAUGGGAAAUGCAGGAAAUUUUGAUCAAACUGCUGUCUCAUCUGAUGGAGAAAAGUUGGACAACUCUGAGGUUGGGAUUUCUGGAGUUGGUUAUAUAUGGUCAAACAGUGAUGGAGGAAAUGAAGAAGAGUGGAGAUAUUCAAUUGCUUCGAUUACAGCUGAAAAAAUUAUGGAGUAUUGUAAUGAGGCUUAUGAUGAUCAUGAUGCAUCAGAUCAUGAUUUAAGUAUUCCACAAUCCGGAGAAUUGGCACAUGAUUCGGAGAGUACCGGCUUUGAUGAGGGAGAUGGUGAAGAUUAUAGAGAUACUUAUUCCAAGUUUGAGAAAGAGGUGGAAGAAACUUUCCAACGAGCUCUUGGUGGUGUGCAUGAAGAUAAUUUGGUAUUGGAAAUGAAUGCUCUUAGGUUGUCAUACGACAAGUCGCAUUUGGAUUGUGCUGGGGCUGUGUUUUACUCUGUAAUGAGAAGUGCAUUAGCAGCUGCUCAAUCUUCUAAUAGUAAUCUAAUACAGACAACUAAUGAGGUGAUUGACAAGUGGAAGGGUUUUCUCGGGAAAUACAUCAAAAGUGAGGAUGAGCAGUUUGAGGUGAUAUUGAAGUUUGAGGAGAUGUGCCAGGAGACUGCAAAAGAGUUCUCUCCGCUCUUUGCAACGAUAUUACACCGCCUGUACGAUAAAGAUAUUAUAACAGAGGAUGCAAUUUUGUCAUGGGCAAUGGAGAAAGAGGGAGCGGAUGAAUCUGACAAAAUAUUUGUUAAGCAGUCAGAAGCAUUCAUCACGUGGCUGAAGGAAGCUCCGGAAGAAGAUGAAGAUGAAGAUGAAGAUGAUUGAACCGCGAUUAUCAAUUCAUAUGUAAAGGUAGUUUCAUUUUUGAUGUUCUGCUGAGGUACAACUAAUCCGCAUUUUUCGGAUGACAACGGAGAAAGAAAUUUGUAUACUACACUUUCUUUUUCUUUCCCUUGAUCAUAGGAAAGGAUUUGGCUGAGAAAUUUGUAUGAUUGAUUAUAGUAGGUCAGUGUUACUACCUUCAGUAACUUUAUUUUUAUUUUUUCCCCCUUGAAUUGCGGAGGGACUGAUAUUUAAAAGGCUCAUCUGGUUGUUUACUUUA